GAUUUCUGCGCCGACGAUGGCGGAUCUUGGCUUCUUCCGCGCGUGGGCCGACGACGAGCGCAUGGAGGCGCUCUACAGCUCGAGCGUACUCAACGACCAUACCCUCGCCAAGCUCUGGCUCCCAGCUCUGCACUGGAGCACGCACGGGCUACGGUACCAUCCCGAUGGCACGUUCGUCCAAGCGUGGCCGCCAUCGUUGCUUCUGUCGCGGGACGAGCUGCCACGGCGCUUUGAGCGACGGGGCAUUGAGCCAGUUCCCGUGGUCAUUGACCAUCUACUGACCGCGCUCGUACAAGCCCAUGAGCUCGUGACGCCAUCCGAGCUUCUCGAGCGAUGCAAUGCUAAGUCCAAACUCGGGUGGUUCGUUGACGUCGCCGUCAAGCGGCCAAUGCGUUGGGGCUGGGCGUCGCUUUGGCAUGCGAUAGCGGCGGAGGACGACAGUCGCCUGUCCCACGACAGCCCGUACCUGUCGCUCCCAACGCUUGCAAGCCUCGCGACACAUGUGCACGCCUACGCGCUAUCGACGCACGAGCCGCUGGCGCGCGUCUUUUGCCUCGGCCCUGAUCACGUCACAUGCGCGACCAAGGACCAUGCGUUCCACAUGCUGUGCCGCGCGGCGAGUCGACACGACGAGGCGUCUCCUCCGGCGCAGUUUUUGGCCGCCGUUGCCGCCGACGAACUCGACUAUAUCGCAUUUUACCUCGUCUACACCAAGCGCGCGGUCAUGCAGGCUGGGCUCAUAAAGCUCGUCGUUCUGGAUGCCACGGCCGAUGCGAUUGGUGACGGCGACCGCACGGUGCUGCUGCUGUACCAUACCAUUUCGACUGUCGAGACCGCGCUUGCCACGCUUCAGGCCCGCGUGGCCGCCGUCGCGGAAAAGGCUCUGGAGGCCAAGCGACGCGGCAGUGCGGCCGAAGCCCUCGCGCUCUGGCGCCACGCCAAGACGCUUCAAGCCGACGUUGACCAGCGCCAGAAUGCGCUCGUGAACCUCCUCUCGACCAAGCACCAGCUCGGCGCCAUGUCGGCGCAGGCCACGAUCCUCGAAGGCUACAAGCUGGCUGCCGAGAGCCUCCGUAGCGUGCGCGCGUCCUUGCAUCUCUCGACGGACGCGGUGGCCGAGACGCUGGCCGACUGGAGCGAUGUCAUGGACGAGCAACGGCACAUGGACGACCUCCUCACUGCCCACGCAGACUACAAUGUGGAUGAGGCGGCGCUCGAGAUGGAGCUUCUCAGUCUGGCCCCGCCAAGUCCGAGUCCCGUGGCGGUCUCAACAGCAGCGGGUCAAGCCGAGCCGGUCACAGCAGCCACGCCACCUCCAGCACCAGCAGCCGCACCGAGAACGCUGGAAGGGAUCUCUAAAUGAAACACUUGUAUUCUUUUUUCACAGUGCGAAC